AUGUCGACCUUCAACGGGGUCGUCGCCGAGUUUCCCUUCGUCAGGAUCGACUAUUUUCGCAAAAUAUCAGACAAGCCAGCACCGCUGGUCUGCUUUCUCAGCCAUGUGCACAGCGACCACCUGCAGGGACUGGAGUCCCUUCGGUCGCCAUUCAUCUAUUGCUCGGCCGUGACGCGAGAACUGCUGCUGCGCAUAGAGAAAUACCCUCAUCGCAUGAACUUUUCCAAGGGGAUACUCGAGGCCAGAAAGCAGCACUAUGGACAUCUAGCAAAGCUCUUGAGACCAAUUCCAUUAAAUACUCCAACCGAAAUUGAACUUACGCCGUUGAAGCGGAUUCGCGUGACUCUUCUUGAGGCCAAUCACUGUGCUGGCGCAGUCAUGUUCUUGAUCGAAGGUCAAGGAAAGGCAAUUCUCUAUACCGGAGAUAUUCGAGCGGAGACUUGGUGGGUUGAUUCUUUGACUCGCAAUCCUGUACUCAUUCCUUAUGCAUGCGGCUUGAAGACCCUGGACAACAUCUAUCUCGACACUACUUUUGCAGUCAAGUCGGAUAUAUACCGUAACUUUGCACCAAAAGCAGAAGGGAUCAAGGAGCUUCUGGAAAAGGUGGAGAAGUAUCCUAAAGAUACUAUCUUCUAUCUGAGAGCCUGGACAUUUGGCUACGAAGAAGUUUGGCAGGCUCUGUCGGCCUUUUUAGAUUCCAAGGUUCAUGUUGACAGAUACCAAUAUGAUUUGUACAAGGCCCUGACAGUUCGCUCUCAUGGCGGAACCGGCUUCGACACAGCUACGUAUCUCUCUGGAUUCCAGCUAGGCAACGGAUUUGUUCCCGGUUGUUUGACAUCCGACGAAUCUGUGCGACUCCAUAGCUGCGAACCUGGGGCCUUUUGCCAAACGAUGAAAUCAAAGAAAUCGGUAUUCAUCACACCUAUUGUUACCCGUCAUGGAAAUGGUGUGGAUGUUCCAGAGGUUGGUGCUGGCGGGGGCAAGGGAGAUUUGUACCAGCUCCACGAACUAGAGUUGCCAGAUGAGAUUACAGUUCAGAGACUCGAGGAGUUACUGUCGGAACAUAUUACAGAUGAAAGGGUACUCUCGCAGGCCAAGGAGACCCUGAAGCUAGCUUUCGCAUCGAGGCACAGAGCACUUUCGCUGGACGAAUUUGGACUCGCUGAGGACGCUGAUAUCUCGCUCAAGGAUCUCGCGUCCAUGCUCGGCAAUAUCAGGAGACUUUCCAACCGUAAUUUGGACGAAGAAACCUCCGCAGACACUAAUUCCAUUACAUUUCCCUAUUCUCGUCAUUCGUCAUACGCGGAGCUCUGCGAGCUUGUACAAGCCUUCAGACCAAAGGAGGUUUUUCCUUGCACGGUCGAUGAGAAUAGAUGGGACGAAUCCGUUUCCAUGGAGAGUUUGUUUGCGCACCUGUGCUCUGGAAGUCAGUUUGUCCACGACAAGCACUUACGUGAUGCUCGAGGCGAAAUACUAGAGCAAGAAAGCAAACGAAUCCGGUAUACUAUAAUGCGCGAUACCAGACGGCAAUUGCAAGCAAUGGGAAGCAAAGUCCACUUUAAUAUAGGGCCACUACCUCAUGACAUUGACCAAAUUCUUGAUGAUCAUUCUCAGGGUUCCUAUGAGACAACAACAGCAACAAACUCCCAGUCUACCAGAGAAGACGAUCAUGAACAAGCUUCAAACACUAGCUCUGUUCGUAUAAGUGAACAGCGAAACGAGGGCAAGUCCACACCGGUGGCAGAAAGCGCAAGCCAGGAAUUGAUUUGUGAGCUGGUGAUCGGAUCGCAGGACACUGACAGUGAGGUUCACUCCUCGAGUACUAGCAACGCACGUAUCAACCGUCUUCGAGCGUUCAAGGCUGCCCGCACUGGUACGUUCGACGCAUGGAAUGAGAUUUCUAUCGUGUCUGCGGGCAACAAUCAUGCGGAAGAGGAAGUUGAAUUAUAA